AUGGUUGACGUGGGCAUCUCAGCUUGCGAGUAUGACUAUGUCGUCGUCGGUGGAGGCCUGUGUGGUGUCGCGCUGGCGGCCGAGCUAUCAAAGAAGAAUCCCACAAAGAGAGUGAUCUUGCUUGAAGCGGGCAUCACUUUGACAUACCAUAGCCUGACUCACGCUCCCUUGGAUUGCUUUCGAGCACACUAUUCUACCAUGGAUUGGGCCUAUCACACAAGCACACAACACCAUCUCAACAACCGCGUACUGUACCAGGGAGCCGGCAAGGGCCUGGGUGGCGGCAGUGCAAUCAAUUACGGCAUGUGGACCAAAGGGAGCAAACAUGACUACGACCUUUGGUCCAAGGUGGUAGACGACCCGAAAUGGGGUUAUGACGAGUUCUCGCCUUACCUGAAUGGUGUUGAGUGCUGGCUGAGCAAAGCAUGUCAAUCCCCUUGGCUGGCAAACGGCAAAAUCGUGACUGCCUCAGUGUCCGAAAGUAGUGACCGACGGCGGUAUCCGCUUCGAGAGAAGAUGCUGGAGGCAUGGGAGGCACUGGACAACAACCACAUCACGGACCCCCAUGACGACGAAUCGUGCGGGAUCAGGGAAAUGGUGGAGAACUGGGAUGACGGCCAACGCCAGAUUGCCAACUGCGUCUUCGACCUCUCAGAAGUGACAGUCGAGACCAGCUGUAUGGUGCAAAAGAUCUUCCUGGAGGGCCACCCAGGAAAUCUACAUGCGACAGGCGUUCUGACGGAGGAUGGAAGAACCUUCUUCGCUUUGAACGAGGUCAUCCUCGCCGCCGGUGCCUAUCGCACACCACAGAUCAUGAUGCUGAGCGGCAUUGGACCGGAGGCUGCUCUGCGAGGACACGGCAUCUCCCCGCUAGUCAACUUGCCCGGUGUCGGCCAGAACCUCCAUGACCACCUGGUGAUGAGCAUGUGUUUCAAGCUUAAGGACGCGAAUGCCGGCUAUGCUAUGGGAGGCAGUGCUGGGCCUUGGGCAGAUCCCGCAUACGCUCUAGGUCUUCCGUGCGACUGGAUUGUGAACGAGCGAGUUCCCCUCCCGAUAAUCGAAGAGGGCAUUCGAAAGGACCUUGAAGUAGAGACCUCGAGUAGCAGCGAUCUUGAUCAACAUGCACUGGAGCUUCUUGCUCCAUCAGCCUCGCAUCUCGAGAUGUUUUUCGUCUAUAGACCAGCCGGGAGACCGCUGGCCAACAACCACGUCCCGGCGGACGGGUCUCACAUUGGUGCUCUGGUCAGCAACUUCCGGCCAGCGUCGCGAGGCAGCAUCGGUAUCUCGUCAGACAACAUCUCUCACCCGCCGGUCGUCGACCCCAAUUACAACGCCACGCAUGUCGACAGAGACAUGCUUCGCCAUGGUGUGCGACGUGUGUUGAAACUCGUCGCCGACUCGCUGUCUGACGUGGUCGAGGCGGAGCUUCCACCAGAAAGGUCUUCGGAGUUGACAUGCGAGUCAUCCGACGAGGACAUUGAUGCGCGCAUCCGUGAUCAAGGAAGGAGUUUCUUUAAUGCAGGCGGUACGGCGAGUAUGGGUCGUGUGGUGGACACCAACUUGUUGGUCAAGGGCGUGAAUGGUUUGCGGAUUGUCGAUGCUAGCGUCAUCCCUGUGCCGCUCGCUGCGCAUUACCAGGUCGUUUGUUAUGCCCUGGCCACGAAGGCGGCAGACCUGAUUUCGACUUUUCAUGCCACAGUAAAUUGA